GCUACGGCUUUACAUCCGUCCAAAGAACCUGGAAACUCCUUUCCAGCUGCAGAUCAGGAUUCUGGGCUGCAGGAGCUCCAAGCAUCACCUCUUCUGAAGGAGGAUUUCCGUGCACAUCAGGGUGUUCAGCUGUUGAAGAUCAUUGAAAGAUUUUUCUCUCAAAAAAUGAAAAGCCCUGAAGGAUCAUGGGUACUCUACCUCAGCAAGCCCACACACCACCAACACCAGCUGCUGAUGAACGUGGCGUCUGGACAUGGAGUGAUUGGCAGCCAGGAGGUUCUGGAUAUGCUGGGACAGAUACGGAAAAGUCUCAACGAGGUGGGCAUCCAGAACUACAGCGCUGCCAACACCUGCCAGUCCCGGCGCAGCCAAUCACGCAGCGACUACGGCAAGCUGUUUGUGGUUCUGGUGAUAAUCGGCUCCGUGUGUCUGGUCAUCAUCACAUCCGGAAUGAUUUACAUCUGCUGGCAGAGGAGGCUGCCUGCAGCUAAGACGGUGUUCCGUGCAGAGGAGCUUCAUCAUGUGGAGAACGGUUACCAUGACAACCCCACACUAGAUGUAACCAAUGACAGCGAGGCUGAAAUGCAGGAGAAGAAGCCCAGCACCAAUGGGCUCGCAGGAGGGGGUGAUGGAGGCGGGGAGGACAGCAGUCACUGGCAGGUUUUCAUCAACCAAGCAGUGACUGAAGAAGACGAGGGCGAGCAGGACACGCAUCUCUGAUGGAGGAGAUACUGCUGGACAAAAGAUGAAAGUCAUGCCAAGAGAAAUGUCGCUGAUGGGAGGAGUCAGCUUUGUGAGGAUGGGAGGAGAGAAUCACUUCCAUGUUAGAAUGGAACAUGUGACGGUGGAACAUUCAGAUCAUAUUUGAUCAUUUCCUGUAUCUGGUAAAAACAGUUUGGUCUUGGUGUCAGACGUCAAUGCAGUCGCAUGUCCUGCUCUGUGUUCGGUGCCUUUCAGGUUUGUGCCGCGACCAUCACUUUAUGAUCUGUGAUCAAGUCGAGCAUGCCGCUCACCUUCUGCCGCUCAUCUUCUGCCUUUCUGUACACCUGAAUGCAACACAGGGUCACAAGCUGUAAACAUACGGAAACAACAGAUCUGUUCAACAACACACGUUUAUUGCCGCUGAUGGAAUGUAACUGCUGUAUUUUCCAGAGUAAGUCACACUUAUACUACACAACAAACUGCACUGCUUAAUUACAAAUCUGCCAUGACCCAACAAUGCUGCAUUCACGCCAAACAUCAACGUGGCCUCCAUCACCAGCUUCAACUUCAUCACAUCUUCAUCUGCUGCCUCCUUUGAUAAACAUCAGAUUCCAGAAGUUAAAAUAAACGUGACGCUCCAGAUGUGAGUGGGCGGAGCCUCAUCGCUACAUGGAAGCAUCGACUGUCUCAUUCACAGAUGAUGAUGAUGAUGGGAGAUCAGGUUUAUUGUGAAGAGCGCUACGAGAACAUCAGAUUUCUGUCCCACAUCCGUCCAAGUAAAAACAAAGAUAUUCAUGUCUCUGUGUGAAUAAGAAAAUCUGAUUCUUCUCCAUGUUCGGUUGGAUUGUUUAGGAUGGCGCUUCUUCCUGUCAGCAGCAAAUCCUGAUCCCCCCACACACAGACGGACAGUGCCCUCUAGGGUUGUUAGCAGGAAACAUCUACUAAAGGGUAUAACGGAAGUUUGAGCCUGUUUAUGUUUAAAAAAGUCAAACUUAAGUCACUUCUGAGCAUGAGCUCACCCCUGGAAAAACUACACUCUGAAAAAUACGGUACUUAUACUUUGUUUAGUAUCUGGUCAGCUUUAUUUACAAAUAUUUGGAGAUACUUCACAAUUUUAAAGGUCAAUCACUUCCAUAUAGCUGUGCAGAAGACACGCUGUCCUCAGCUGCUGCACGCUUUUGAUAUGAACGACAUUUCAAUAAAGAACAUAUCAAUGACCACAUCACUUCUAUGAUGGCACAUGAUCACAUCACCAGUUAUAUGUUAAAACAUUCUCUGAACACUGAUUGUAAUCAAGGAUUUAGACUCAAUGACCCGACAGUGAAUCCAGCUUUACGAGAGUGUGGUUUGAGCUCAGUGUCUGCCAGAUCCAGAACCAGAACCAGUGGCUUUCACCAGUUGAAAUGAUGGUCUGUUGCUGCUGUGAUGGUUUGGUUCUCUAAACAUGUUCCACACAGAGACGGAAACUUCUUUGUUUUUAGCUUUUGAAGGAGUUUACAGUAUUUUUUUGACAUGUGAUGAAGCUUUAUUUGUACUCUUCUCUAAUGUGCAUCAUAGUUCCUGAAUGACAGCUCUUUGCUCUCGGCUGAGUCUGAGAGUCUAUGCAUGGAUUUAUGCUUUCAUUCUAAGUAGACUCACUAAGACUAGCAGUCCAGCACUAUGCUGAUUAUUGGAGGUUCAGAACUGGAUCAAAAGGUCAGUGGUUAUUAAUUUUCAUGUUUCUGUUUGGUUUGACAAAAGUUGUGAUUCUGAAAAAAACAAAAACAGAUCUGGUUGAGAAAACAGAAUACAUAAAUGAUGGCUUCAUUCUUCAUUUCAUCAGAUCUUCAUGUUCAUGAGAGUGCCAAGCUUCUUCUAGGCUAUUGCUAAAACAUUCAAAUCUCCUGUCUGUGCUCUUCAAGGUCAACUUUAGCUUAGUAACAAAAGAUAGCAAGCACAAAUGUUUAUACAUAAACCACGGGUACUAAUCAGAUCCCAGAAGAUUUCUGUUUCUUGAGGCUACUUUAAAAAGAAUUCUUCACUUCCAUCUGCACUUAGCCCAACAACCACCGAACCCCAGUCCAGCUCCCAUGCAGCCGCCUUUAAUCAAUUUGAAAGUGCAAAUGGGACUCACAGUCUCUCUGGUCCAGUCCAGCCUUUCCGGUCCAGUCUGGCCUCUCCGGCCUCUCUGGUCCAGUCCAGUCUCUCUGGUCCAUAUUUACUGUUCCUUUAUGUGUUUGUCAAGCUGUUCAUGUGACUGCUGUUCUUUAACACUAUUGGUAAGGAUGGUACCCAGAGGUUAUUGGUAGUUUUUCAAUUACUUUUCAUGCACUGAAGAGCGAUCAAUUACUAUCCACAACUAUGAUUUUUUUUACACUAUUGAAGACAGAAGUUUCUAUAGAUAUUUAUAAAUUACUUCCUGCUCUGAACUUUAAACCCUGUAAGAGGUAAAGCUCAAACAAAUGUUUUCAAAGAACUGAUCUGUGGAGGUCCAGCUCUUCCUAAAGUAUGCUGCAGUCUUCGAACUUGGUUCCAUUCUGGGUCCUGGGGUUGUUUAGGCCCAACCUAGCUGCUGAGGGGCAAAGGGGCGGGGUUUCCUCUGGACAGGUUGCUAUUCCAUCACAGAACAAUGCUCUAAUAAAAAAGUGCAGCAUG